UUGCUACUUGGCAACAGCGAACGUUGUUCUCUUCGUCAAGUAAAGUCUUUCUCUUAGAGCUCCUUUUCACUUCGGGCUUGGAUUCGAAAGGUAAAAUGGCUCAACGUUUAACUUAUCGGAGGCGCCUCUCCUACAACACCGCUAGCAACCAGCGACGCAUUGUGAGAACCCCAGGUGGUCGCCUUGUAUAUCAAUACAAAAAGAAGCAAAGGAAGAUUCCCAAAUGUGGUAUGUGCAAGACUACACUCAGAGGUAUCCGACCAGCAAGAGCUCAUGAGCGAAAAAGGAUGUCACUGAGACAAAAGAAAGUCUACCGUGCCUAUGGUGGAUGUCUUUGUCACAGCUGUGUCAGAGAGAAGAUUGUGAGGGCGUUCUUGAUUGAAGAGCAGAAAAUAGUAGCCAAAGUACUGAAGGCUCAGCAGGCUGCUGUUAAAUCUUCUAAAGGCAAAGUUUAAAUGUCCUCCAAUGAAGUGUGGGUGGAUUUUAAUACACCUUGCAUCAUGUGGUA